UGAAGGGCAUAGUGAGUGGCUGUGAGAGAGAGAUUCACCAAAAAUUGAGAGAAAAAAAGUAAAGUUUCUGUGUGUGUGUGGUACUGUUGAUUCUCUUCUUCGUCUUGAUUUGUUCUCCCCCCUCUGAUGCACCCCGCUUCUCUUGAAUCCCUUUCUGUUAAUCAUCUGUCUUUCAAGCAACAAUUUUUGGGUUUGUUUUGAAAACAAAAAACAUUGAAUCAAAACUAAACUUAGGAAGGUAUUUUUUGAAAGCCAGGUGUUUUCAGAAUCGAGAUCCAGGAAGUUUUUUUCUUUUCGAUUUUCUUGCAGCUUGGAGGGUGAUUUUUAGUCCCUGAAAGUUCGGUUUUUUUAGUCUAUUUCAGUGGAAGGGGUUGGCUAUUUUAAACCUCUUUUGCCUUAAUUUUUCUUUGUAACGAAACCCUGUUCUUUACUUUUGACAAGAAGCAGGUUGGUUUUCUUAGUUUUGAUUUUCUUCUUGUGAAAUAUUUUGUGUUUAUAUAUAGUGUUUUAAGGUAUGGCAGCUGCAAUGGAGUUUUACAGUAGCAGACAUCCUCUUCGAGCAGGUCCAUUUGGUGGUGAGUUAAUGGAAGCACUUGAACCUUUUAUGCACAAAAGUGCUUCUUCAACCACCGAUUCAACAACCCAAUAUGCUUCUCCUUUUCCUUCUUCUCCUUCUUCCUUCAAUUUCUCUCCUUUAUCUUCUUCAGAAUCAUCUUCUCUGUAUCCUGAUGGUUGCUCAACUUCGAUGACCAACCCGUUUUCGAAUGGGUUCUCGAUCUUUGACCAAUCGGAUCUACAGCAACCUUUCUCUAUUGGUCUCAACCACCUAACCCCCUCCCAGAUCCACCAGAUCCAGAUUCAAAUUGACCUCCAAAACCAAAGCUUGACCUUCCAGAACCACCAGACUUGUCAUAACAGUCUCAGCUUUCUCCGUCCGAAGCCGAUCCCGAUGAAGCAAGUUGGUACUCCGCCAAAACCCACCAAGCUCUACCGUGGAGUCAGGCAGAGGCAUUGGGGAAAAUGGGUCGCUGAGAUCCGGCUCCCUAAGAACCGAACCCGGCUCUGGCUUGGUACCUUCGACACAGCAGAGGAGGCAGCUUUAGCCUACGACAAGGCAGCCUACAAGCUCCGCGGUGACUUUGCGAGACUCAACUUCCCUAACCUCCGCCACAACGGAUCCCACAUCGGCGGCGAAUUCGGCGAGUACAAGCCUCUCCAUUCCUCUGUUGAUGCGAAACUACAAGCCAUUUGUAAAACUCUGGCUGAGACGCAGAAACAGGGGAAAGGAGGGAAGCGAGUUGGCUCCGCCAAGAAGCGAGGGCUGGUGGGUUCCAAAGUGGCGAAGCCGGAGGCUGAGUCGCAGUCCACAGUUCUUGUUUCGGACGUGUCGGAUAUGAACAAGGUUGAGAGCUCCGGGUCUCUGGUAUUGACGGAGAGUGAUGGGUCCGGCGGGUCAUCAUCGCCCCUGUCAGAUCUGACCUUUCCGGAUGUGGAGGAGGCGCCAUGGGGUAUUUCUCCGGAGAAUUUCAAUCUGGAGAAGUACCCUUCAUACGAGAUCGAUUGGUCCUCCAUCUUGAAUUGAAGUUGUUGUAAUAGUUACUGUAAUUCGUCUUCUUUGUUAGUGUCGAUUAUGCAUAGUAGGGAUUUUAGGAGCCCACUGCAACGGAGUUUUUGGCAGUUGCAGGGCUUGAGAUCUGUGGUUUUUUUUAAUGUAAAUCUCAACCAUGGUCGGUUAAAGGCCUUUUUCUCUUGCUGGACCGUGAAGGGAUGCUUAUGUAUGUUGAUUAUACCUAAUGUGUUAGUGUAAUCAUGAUGUAGUUUAAUUCCAUGUUUAUUGUUUGUAAAAAUCCUAUGUUUUUCUUCUGAUUUA